AUGGCUCUCACUUCCUUCAUCUCCCAUCUGCUGUGCGGAUGGUUCGCGUUUCUCCUUCCAUCCUAUAAGAUGUUUAAGGCUCUUAAGCAUCGCCCGGUAUCGGAGCCUGAGCUCGAACGUUGGGCCGGUUACUGGGCCGUAAUAGGUGCUAUUGUUGCUUUUGAGUACGCGGCAGAGUGGGCUAUUAGCUGGUUCCCGUUUUAUUGGGAGUUGAAGACACUCUUCCUGUUGUUCCUUUCCCUGCCGCAGACCCAAGGUUCUAGCUACAUCUACCAAACAUACCUCGAACCGUACUUCCAGGCGCACGAGACCGACAUUGACCAGGGCAUCGAGUCUGCCCAGACUGAGCUUCUGACCGUUCUGCAGAAGUAUGGCCAGCGCUUCCUUGAACUUGCAUGGAGCGUCGUCAGCAAGACGCCUAUAGCGCCCGCUGAGGCGCCUCAGAAUGGCCAGGCUAACGCGGGUUCCGGUCCGAAUCCUGCGGCAGCGCUGCAGGGACUCUGGAGCGCAUAUGGACCCACAGUUCUGGGCGCGCUCGGCAAGCGCUCACAGCCAGCUGAGCGUCCUGAUAUUGGCGCGCGUUCGACCUCUGGUGCAUCUGGUCGUAGCACGGGCUCGUCUUACCCCUCCAGUGUGCCUCUCCCGCCCCAGACUCCGGGAGAAAACGGUGGCUACAUGUAG